AGCAUAUUUAUAACAUUAUUUAUGCAUAUCAGCUGGGUUAAGGCCAGGGGUCUACCAUGUAGAUAAGAGCCCCAUACUAAAUCACAUGCUGAGACCAUUAUUUCGCGGGACCUCUGCUGGAACACACGACUGCAAACAUGGUCCGCCUCCGUGAGUAUGCCCCUCGGACCCUGGGAAACGAGAAAGUUCGCCAGUUCCAAUGGGAUACUGAAUCUGGAAUGUCUGUGUCCGUCAUCUCUUACGGAGCUGCUGUCUAUUCCAUCCAUAUUCCCGACAAAAAAGGUAUAGUCGCUGACGUCUGCCUCGGAUAUGACGACAUCGAAAGCUACGCGAAGAUCAACACACCGACCCUGCUUGGAGCACCUGUUGGUCGUGUCAUUAAUCGCAUCAGAGACGCGAGGUUUGAACUGGAUGGAAAAACGUACCAUGUCGCGCAGAACUUUGGGAGACACUUCUUGCAUGGAGGCUAUGAAGGAUUCAACAAGAAAAACUGGAACGCAGAGAUCGACGGCAACAAAGUCGUAUUCAGCUACCUAUCAAAAGACGGCGAAGAAGGUUUCCCCGGAGACCUGAUAACCACCAUCAUCUACGAGGUUACCGAAGACAUGAUCCUCCACCAAGAGUUCAUAGCCACAACUAGUAAGAAGACUAUAGUGAAUCUGGGCAACCAUGCUUAUUUUAAUUUGGGUGGACAUGACUCAGGUGCGGAGGCGCUGUAUGAACACGUUGCUUUGAUUAAUUCGGACAAGAUAACCGAUGGUGACGAAGACUUCGUGCCAAAUGGAGAGUUCAUCGCAGUCGGCGGCACUCCCUUCGACCUCCGCACACCCAAGCGGCUGGGCGACCUCAUCAGAAACGCUGGGCCCAUCUUCCAUCACAAUUUCUGCGUUACAAACUAUAAUGAAAAGACGCUAAACUUCGUCGCGCGCAUGCACCACCCGCCUACCGGGCGCUCUCUGGAAGUGUACAGCAACCAGCCCGGCCUGCAGUUCUACACCGGCUACUACCUCCCCCACCCCCCGGAACUACCGCUCCCCGGCAGAGGGGGCACCGGCUACCGGCGCCACGCGGGCUUCUGCCUCGAGACACAGAACUACCCCGACGCCAUCAACCAUCCACACUUCCCAAGCCCCAUUCUGAAACCUGGAGAGGUGUAUAGACAUCAGGUCCAGUAUAGGUUUGGAGUUGAUAAGUGAGAUUCUGCUUCUAAAAAGAUACCUUGUGCCGAUGAUUCUAUUUAUCUCAGAGCUUGGUUAUAUUAAAGACUCGAGAAAUUAUCGGAAACCAGCGCAGUGAUAUUUAGGGAUAAGUAAUUGCUGACACAAGAUACUUUUUUGUAAUUUUGAUGAUGAUUGUGUUGAUAAUUGGUUUGUAAAUAAAGUCAUAAGAAUAA